AUGGCAGAGGACAGCAAAGAGCUGCCAAUGGAUGAAGAAAUUCUGGCUCCUGCUGACGACAACCUGGAACAGCUGGAGAAUGGCAGCCCCAUUGAAUGCAGUGGCCAUGUGGCUGUGACCGACAGGCAGUCCCCGGCCCUUCCUCUCGGCCUCGAGCUGCCUUCCUUCGAGACGGUGCAAGCGCUGGCGGAGAGCCGCUACUCGUGCCUGGUGGUGACCCCGCACCGAAGGCACGUCGCGCUGCCGCCGCGGUUCCUGCACCGGAAGCGGACCGGGAUUUGCGCCCAGCUGGAUGCGGAGCUGCGACGCUACUCCGAAAGUUUUCAAGGCGUUCCUGUGGCUUAUGACGAUAUUAAAAUAACAAAAGAACUGGGAGAUAUUAUCGAUGACAUUGGAGCCAUCCAUCUGAACAUUGAAGCAAAUUUUGUUGUCUUUCAGCCUAAAGCUGGGAAAAAACUUGUGGGUGUAAUCAAUAAAGUGGCACCUAGCCAUCUAGGAUGUCUGGUACAUGGAUGUUUUAAUGCUUCCAUCCCUAAACCUGAUCACAUAUCAACUGAUGAAUGGAAAAAUGUUGGCUUUCAAAUAGGCAAUAGACUGGUAUUUAAAGUGUUGCAGUUUGACUCAGAUGCUGCUGGAGUGUUCUGUAUCAGAGGAAGAUUGUGUAGAAACAGCAUUGAAGAAGAGACGCCAAGGGAAAAGCACAAGAAAAAACAUGACAAGCAUUGUGACAUGCAGAAUGGCGUAGAGGAAAUGGAGACUGACAUGGCAGCUAUUGGGAUUGAAAGUGGAGAUAUAGCAAACCAUGACAUUGAUAGUAGAAUACAAGAUGUGCCAGACAGAGAAGAUGGUCAGAACAUAGCAGACUUAGGAACACAUGCCAGCGAUUCAAGUGGUUACCAUAGUGAUCAUGGCAAAUCUAAGAAAAAGAAAAGAAAAUUGUGCGAGGAAGAUGAUGGACUCCCUGGAUUGUCACAACCAAAAGCUAAAAAGAGAAAAGAAUGAGAGAGAACCUGUGAAGUGCAGAAAUGCAGUCAUUGGACCUGGAAUUCUUUUAUUAGAUAAAUCUGUAUUUUUACACUUCAUUUUAGUUUCACUAGCUGAUUAACCAGAAAUCAUUAUGUGCUGUGCAUAUGCACAUGAGAAAGUUGAAUAGAAGUAGUUAACCAGAUGUGAAAAGAGAAUAACGGGGGUUUUGUACACUGAUCAUUCUGCAAUAUAUACAAAGUGUUGUCCACCAAAAGUUUUGGGUUGGGCGAAGUAGGAGACAUUCUUACGUACAGUAUUUCUUCCUGAACUUGGCAGAAUUGUGAGAUAUAAGGUUCCAAGACUUUCCCCAACAUAAUCAGAGUGCAUCUCGAUUUAAAUAAAAUAAAUAAAACCAGACUGUCAGCUG